AUGGAUCCACGGCAUCCGUCCAAGCUUCCACUUUCAGUUCCUGUUCCAGUUCCAAUUCCAGUUUCUACCAACAACACUAUUGCUGUUUCUGUUUCUCCUUUCCUUCCAGCUCCAGCUCCAGCUGAAGCUUCACCUACAGCUUCGACACCACCACUUACUCGCCUCUCCACCAACAUCCCCCUUUCUCCCAGCGCGACAACAACAUUUAUUAACUGGGGAUCCAACACGCACACGCAUAGACAUACCCACUCCCGCACACCGUCUUAUGACAUCGCGCGCGCCGAGUCGCAUCCGCAUCUUCAGAAUUUCACCUCGCAUCAAAACCCUGCAUAUGCCGUUCAUACUUUGGCCCAGCGACGAUCCUCCGACACCAAUUUUUACUCUCAACCCCAACGCCAAAUAAGCCACAAUUCAAACACUGCGCGUUCAAUCACAUUCAACCCGCGAACCUUUAAUCACGAAAUGCCGCCGCCGACCUCGCCUCCCCAGCCGGGGGCGAAACCGCCGCAACAGCAACAAAACCAAAAUCAACAGCCGCACAACAUGAUGGGCUACGGUCCUCCCCCGCCGCGACCACCUCCCGUAGCUGUCGGGCCUCCCAUGUCAUUUCCCUCCGGUCGAGAACUUCCUGGCCUCGGCUCUAUCGCAAGAACUGGCAGCAGCAACAGCUCCAUGUCGAUAUCAUCCAUGCUAGGUGGCCCGCCGCCCGCUCUUCGUGAAUCGCAACCUCCGCAGUCGCAUUUUCCUCCUCAUUCAGCCGCCCCUGGAUCAGGUCCCGGCUUCGCGACCGCUGUCCACGCCUCACCUCGAAUGCAUUCGACCGCUUCUGAAUACCCGCCUUUCCGUCGACCACAUACCCCAGAUCACCAGCGACCCUACGAACCCAGAAACUCACCACCUGGUCACUACACCCCCGAAGUUCCGCGUUACAGCACGCCUUCCACCUACUCAAGGCAUCCUUCAGGCUCUGCAGAUCACGCAAGAGAACCUGGAAGGCUACCUCCUGGUCCUCCUCCACGACCAAGUAGCCAACCCAAGGCAUACCCAGGAAUGCCACGACCGAUGGAAAUGGGACGGCCACCUGGCCCUGAAGAAGCAUACGGGCGACGCGAAGAGAUGGGUCGACCUCCACCUGGCAUGGAAUACAAUCCUGAACGAGUUGGCCUGCGACCCAACCCCUACGAAGACCGCUAUAGAGCAGAACGCGAACGAAUGGGUGAAGUUGAGCAGCGCGAGCGCGAAAGAAGGGAACGCGCAUAUUCUGGCAGCGACUCGGGAAGACACUCGAUACAUCCUGGUGACUAUGGUCAUCGCGAACCUCCUCGAAACCCUUUACCGUACGGCCGACCCCCCGAUCGCGACCCUAGAGAACGAGACCCGCGUGAUCCCCAGGGCAGGGAUCCUAGAGAUAUCCGAGAGCGAGAUCCGCGAGAUGGGCAAUGGGGUCGCAUGGGCGCUGACCCCAGCUAUCGAGCCCCUAUGGAUCAUCAACGACCACAUCCCGACUAUCCUCCUUCUGCCACGCCUUACCCUCCUCAUGGUGUUUACCCAGGUCCUCCACCCGAUCGAUAUCCUCCUUCGUCGCAUUCUAUGCCAGGCCCGCCAGGCCAAACCAUGCCCCAUGGACCCGCACCUUAUGACUCUCCCGACCGAGCCCGAAUGAGUUUAAUGCAUGCACAACAACAACAACAACCGCACCGAAGACCGGAAGAAGGCGGCCCCCCACCACCGACCAUAGCCUACAACGGAGCUCCUGGUCCGGGACAACUCGAAUCUCCCCGACACCGUAAUAGUGAUGAUGCGUCAGCCCCCAAUGGCCAGCGUAAUUUGUUGGCGAUUCAGGAAAUGAACCGCAAAGGAAGAAUAUCACCUCUCCCACAAGCCGUACAAGGCGCGCAAUUGCAGCAACCUGGCCCAACUGGCGAGCCAGGAAUCAAGAGCGAAUUUGGUCGCAUGUUUGCAGGUAUUGGAAAUGGAGUUAUGGGCGUUUCAAGCCCCAUCACAUCCGCUGCCAUGCCUUUUACAACUGCCAGUUUGGCCAAGCGCGAGGAUCCUGAAAACGUGACACCUGAUUCUGGUCCCGAGGCAGGAAGCAAGGGUACUAAAGGCAGGAGGAGAAAACUGAAAGAUGAUGAAGGCAAGGGUGAUGAUGAAAGUUCGGGACGAGUUACUCCUGCCAACAGGGCAAAACGUCCCAAAACGCACCAACAUCAACAUCACCACCAUCAUCAGUAUGUUGGUCUCCCGUUUCCUCGUGACUUUACUGAUUAUCCCAGCCACGCGCAUCAUCACCACCACCAUCCAGCUGACGCUGCCCCGUUGAGUGGUGUUGUGCCUUUCAAGAACUUCAAAGCAGGCGCCCCUACAAACGACAAGGGUCUUCCUGUUCCUCAUCAUCAUCAUCCACCGCGGCCCAUGCAUCAACACCAGCACCCGUCGAUGAAACAACCCGUACUAAAUGCCCCACCUGUCAUACCGCCGAAAGCGAAGACCAUUGUCAAGUCAAAGGCAAUUUUAGAUUCGGUAUCAGACCGACCUAGACACCAUCUUGGAGAUUUUAUCUAUGAGCCGGGAUUGAAAGCUGGCAGAUUGGUGCCAAACUAUCCUACACAUCGCGCUUUUGCUUCAAACCCCAAACCUCUACCUUGGGAAUUGAUCAAGAACAAGGAAAACUGCUUGUUAACGGUCAAGGUGGCUCGAGUCCAUCUAUCAUCUGCUUCGAGAGAAGAAAUCACCUCAAGAGGUUAUCUUUGGGGUACUGAUGUCUACACAGACGACUCUGAUGUCGUCGCUGCAUGCAUCCACAGUGGAUGGAUAAAAGGAGAAUGGGCUGAGGAAGUCGAUAACUCGGUUCUGGAUAUUGAUCAAGGACCCGGCGACAAGCGACGUAAGAAGCCUGCGACCUCGACCGUGGACCUGGAUUCAGAAGGUCUUAUCACUGCACCUCCCACCAGUGGACCGAUGCCGAUACCCGCACGACGCGAUUUGCACGUCAACAUCCUCAUUCUUCCCCGUUUGGUCAAAUACGGCGCUUCUACCAGACAUGGUAUUACGAGUCGAGAGUUUGGUGGCGAUUACGGUCAUCGCCAUGCAGUCCAUGAUGGCAUCAGUUACAUGAUCAAAAGUGUACGAUGGGUGGAGAAUGGGGCACAGCCACAAGCCCGACUUCGAGGUCAAGCUCGACGUGACCGCAUUCGCAAGGCUAUGCGCGAGGUCAAAAAGAGUCUCAAUGUCAAUGGUUUGGAUAUCCAAGAGAAGGAAAUGAACGGAAAGCCACAAAGCGGAAUAUCAGCGACAUGGAGGAAGAAGGAUCCUGAACAAGUCGAGCCAAAGACCCAGGAUCAGGACGUUGUCGAAGGCGACAAGGAAAACAGUCACCUCGCUACACACGAUGCCGAAGCAAACGAGGAAGAAAAUAAAGAGCAGCCAAAGGACGUGGAGAUGAACGAUGCCGUCGAGGCACCCGUCGCAGAGGCGAAGACGGAUUCAUGA